GCUGGGAUUGUCACGGGAAGGGAAGGAGCUGCUCCUUCUGAGUGUGUUAGGUGUGAGGGGCACUUGUACUAAGGAACAUAGGAUAAGGACAUACUGUAUAAACCUACAAUAUGAGCAGAACCACCUUCUUUGAGGUGGAGGUUCUGGAUGGCAGGACCAGGCAACAGCUUUGUUUUCUAGAUAAGGUGGAGCCCCAUGCUACAAUAGGAGAAAUCAAGAGUCUUUUUCAUAAGUCAUAUCAACAGUUGUAUCCAGCCAGACAGGACCUCAAGCUCGACCCCAAAGGAAAAUCACUGAGGGAUGACGAUGUAUUACAAAACCUACCAGUUGGGACCACAGCAACCAUAUAUUUUAAGGACCUGGGUCCACAGGUCGGGUGGACAAUGGUGUUUUUAGCGGAGUACCUUGGUCCUCUGUUUAUCUACCUCCUGUUCUAUUUCCGAGCUCCGUACAUCUACUCACACCAGGAUGUGUUCACCUCCAGCCCCUACUCAGUGGUCACACUAGCCUGUGCCUGUCACACCUGCCACUACAUCAAGAGGUUGAUUGAGGCUAUCUUUGUGCACCGGUUCUCCCAUGGUACCAUGCCUCUCAGGACUAUAGUCAGGAACUGUGUAUAUUACUGGGCCUUCUCAGCAUGGUUAGCCUUCUACAUCAACCAUCCACUGUAUACACCACCAUCGUAUGGGGAUAUGCAAGUGAACUAUGCACUGGCCAUAUUUGUGCUCUGUGAGUUAGGGAAUUUCUCCAUUCACGUGGCCCUAAAUAACCUCAAGGCAGAUGGUGGGCCCAAGUGCAGAAGGUUCCCUCACCCGACGAAGAACCCAUUCACAUGGCUGUUCUUCUUCGUGUCCUGCCCCAAUUAUACCUACGAGGUAGGAGCCUGGGCGAGUUUCUCUGUCAUGACCCAGUGUCUACCAGUGGCCUUGUUCACCUUCUUAGCUUUCAUCCAGAUGACCAUCUGGGCCAAAGGGAAGCAUAAAACCUACUCCAGGGAGUUUAAGGACUACCCUCACCUGCGCAUGCCAAUCAUCCCGCUCCUCCUCUGACCACGCUACAAAGGUUUACCAUUCGGACUGGAGCAUUGGGGUCUUCAGCCUGCUUGAAAGGUUGUGAUGAUUAGUGGGUUACUGUGUUUCUCACAAAGCAAGAAGAACCACUGCUCCUUCAUCUAUCGCCAUGGCAAUGGUCUGUUAUCUUUUCAACAACCACUAUGCAAGGAUAGACUAUGCCAUUGUCUUAGAAAGAGGAGGAAACCAACCGUGUUAAAGAUUCAUAGACAUGGAGUAUUGUUGACGUGUGGAUGAACUUUUAAUGAAUAUAUAAUAGUGAAUUGACAGAAAGGAUUGUCUCAUCUCAACAAUACUGUUGAUGAACAACUAAUGAUCAUUUCUGCUUUGAUAAUGUUUAGUUCAAUCAUUGAAACACAGCCAUAUUAAGGAGUUAUUGGUAUUAGUCCUGUUACUGAUCAUGUACAGUGCAGCUACUGAAUGUUCCGACAAUUGUUGGCAUUCUUAGUCUACAGAGUGGCAAUCAUCUGAAAACUAUGAAGUUAUGAAUAUAUGAUUGAAGUUCUAUAUAAUCUACCAUAUUAUUUAGUAAUAAGUUAUUGUGCAUUUCCUAGAGGAAAUGUGUGUGUGUGUGUGUAACUUGAUAUGAUAUACCUGCUAAGGAAGUCUUUAUUAUGACUGAAGUGUAACGGGGCUAUUUUCAGUAGGGAAAGCUGAGUUCUAGAACCAGGAGAUGGAACACAGAACUAGGAGAUGGAACACAGAACCAGGAGAUGGAACACAGAACUAGGAGAUGUCUAAGUUUGCAAGCUGAUUAUCUCCCCCUCUACAAUGAAGCUGUACAUGUUUGAAUGUAACGAACAACCUGAUGCUUUUACCUUUGUCAGACAGUUGAGGAUAAUUCAGUAAUGUAUUACUUUAUAUAUCGUUCAAGAUAACUACGAUCUGUCAAAUUCUCAGGUGUUACUAGAUGCAACAGGUACUGUUUACAUACUGUACAAAUUAUAGCCAAACUCGUUUUGUAUACAAAGUGUAAAUAUCAAAUAAAUAAUUUUGAUCAUUUCAA